UCGCAGCGCUCACUCCACCGUCUGCAGCUUCCGUCUUGCGCUUCUUCCCGCCUCCACCUCGCUUCAGUGCUUGCUUCUCUGCUUCCCCCUCCGCUGCCUCGUCGUCAUUGGCCAGACCUUUCUCGGCUGCAUCCUUGACCUUCUUGCUGAUGUUUCUCAGUUGCCUGGAGUAGCUCUCGGGCUUGCAGUUUCCGCCGAACUGGUUGGCUGCUUCAGCGUAGACGGCCUGUCAAUCCGGAGUCAGUCGUGGAUGUUUGAGAUACAGUGUCGGAUAUUGCAACUCGCCUGUUCGAUGCUUCCGCUGUUGAUGCACGCCAUAGCUAGGCACGCCAGACGGUCAACGUCGCCCUCGGAGAUAAUGUUCUUCACUUCUGGCCAGGUAAGCUUCGCCAUGACGCUUGGUUUGUGGAGGAUCGUGAGGCGUAGUGGUAUUGGAGACAGGAGGUUUUGCUUGCUUGACUGGUGUCGGGAUUGCUCAGGGCUUGGUGGUACAGAGAAGGGGUGUAGUCAAGUGAGAGUGAACUUGUUCUGCAGUGGCGGACGCUGGCUGCCGCGUGACCCGAUAGGUUUCACUGAUGCAACACUAUUUGCAGCACGUGCGCGAAAGGACACAAGUGAGUUUGCAGGUGACGGUCGACGAGGCCUUUUACAACCUCCUUUGUCUGACACGAAGCCUGCCCUACAAUACCGCGAGGGUUCCCUGAUAGACACAAGAACGGUGCUGCUACAGGGCAGGUGCCCAUGCUCAAAAUCCAUACACUGCCUUAAGCCCUUCAAUCUGCGAGCUGUCGAACUCUGCAGUAGCCACGUCUGCGCGCCGGACUUGCUGUUCCGCACGAUCUUGCGACUCUCGGGUCUGGCCGAAGGUUAUACAGACGAGGCCCGACCAUAUACGCCACCGGCAGACUCUGGUUGUCCGCGAAUAGUCCCGUCCCAAAGACAACCUGCUGGUCAAGCGCAAGGCUGAAACAAGCACACCUGUACCGUAAGGGAUGAGGUGUUUUAGAGCUUUUGACUCAUUCGUACCGCAUAUAAGGCACGUUUUGAUUCAUAUACCGCAGCA